GACGCCACUCAACUCCUGACAAACAGGAGAUGAGGAGACUGUUUCAGACUGCAUGGGAGAUGAUUUUGUAUAUAAGUAACUUAUCUUGAUCAACAGGCGGCAGAAAACCUGCACACACUCCGUGAAGUCUGGAGUCUGUUCAUGCGCGCCUAUCCAUGUCGUCAGAUUUGUAAAUUGGCCGCGGUGCCGUGCGUUUUUCCUUUUGAUGGACUCUUCAGUCUAUAGAAGAGUGGAUGUGAAUUCAUGCCAACACUCAACCGGUCCAGGAUAUGUGUGUAUAACGCGCACAUAGUCGGGAUGGAAUCGUUCAACGCCAGCGGAAUGGACGCGUUCACGGUGAUCCAUCUGAAUUCCUCCUGGAGCCUGGACAGUGGAUAUUCUCUAGCAGCGAUAGCCAGCAUUGCUGCGCUUGUAAGUUUCCUCAUUGUCUUUACGGUUGUUGGAAAUAUUCUGGUGGUUAUUGCUGUGUUAACGAGCCGGGCGCUGAAAGCCCCCCAGAACCUCUUUCUAGUGUCUCUGGCCACCGCGGACAUCCUGGUCGCCACUUUGGUGAUGCCGUUUUCCCUGGCGAACGAACUCAUGGGCUACUGGUAUUUCGGGAAAGUUUGGUGCGGUAUUUAUUUGGCUUUGGAUGUUUUGUUCUGCACUUCGUCUAUUGUGCAUCUGUGCGCAAUAAGCCUGGACCGGUACUGGUCCGUUACGCAGGCUGUAGAGUACAACCUGAAGCGGACUCCUAAGCGCGUCAAGUGCAUCAUCUUAAUUGUGUGGCUUAUAUCUGCUUUCAUCUCAUCUCCGCCGCUCAUAUCUAUUGACAGCAACAACGACACCAGCUCUCAGCCUCAGUGCGAGCUGAAUGAUGACACUUGGUACAUCCUCUCCUCCAGCAUCGCCUCCUUCUUCGCUCCCUGUUUAAUCAUGAUCCUGGUGUAUAUCAGAAUAUACCAAGUGGCCAAAACCAGAACCAGAGGCAUGUCGGGAAAAAAUCCCAGGCCAGAUGGUGUUACACAAACUGAGAAUGGACUGAGCAAAGCCACCUCCCCUUUCCACGGGGAGAGAGAGAACGGUCACUGUCAGUGCCCGCCUACGCCCAGCCAACGCACCAUCACCAUCGGGGCACAGACUGAGGAUGCUGACAUGGAGGAGAGCUCCUCCUCAGAGGGCAAAGGUCACAAAGCCCAUCAGCAGCAGGAUUCUCAGAGAGCCAAGAGGGCCAGCCAAAAGAAAAGCUCCCUCUCCAAACACUCCACCCGCAUCUCUAGAGUUAGUAACAAAUCCAUGGACCUCUUUGCCUCCAGGAGGAAACGUCGCCGGAGCUCCUUGGCCAGGAAAAAGGUCUCUCAAGCCAGGGAGAAGAGGUUUACAUUCGUCCUGGCUGUGGUCAUGGGGGUUUUCGUUGUGUGCUGGUUCCCCUUUUUCUUUAGCUACAGCCUGUACGGUGUGUGCAGGGACUCCUGUAAGAUCCCUGACCCACUCUUUAAAUUCUUCUUCUGGAUUGGCUACUGUAACAGCUCCCUGAACCCCGCCAUCUACACCAUCUUCAACCGGGACUUCAGACGAGCCUUCCACAAGAUCCUCUGCAAGUCGUGGAAGAAGUCCUUUUAGAUCUAAAGCAGAGCUGCUGCACCGUGACAAUCUUAAAGGGAAUAUCAAAGCGAAUUUUAAAACAAAAAACAACAAAAAAAAAAAACAGAAGCCCGUUUCGUCUGUCACUGCCACUUGUUACGUCACAUUGUCCUGUUGUAAUUCAGUCAUGGCAGCGCGCACCCUGAUCCACCCACUGGGUGAAGCUUCAAGAUGAAGUAUGUUUCCACCACAGGCUUCUUACAGGCUUUCCCGAUCGGAUUAGUGAGCUCCACAUUUCUUUUAUUCCUACUGAAGUGUGCUUUAAUGCUUUAUAGUGCAUCAUCAUCAUGAAUCAACCUCUCUAUAACUUCCACUCAAGCUGCACACAUGGCUGACUUUACCUGCUAGAGGGCCCCAGGGGCAAAAACAAGCUCCAGUACCCCCUCAACCACCUCGCUUCAGUUUCUCCCACUCUCUCUGCAAUGUGUACAAUUUUUUCCUUUUUUUGUGCUAGAAUAACUAGCUAGAACUACUUGGCCACAGAUUUGCUGUGUGAUAAUUUGAUUUACAUAAUUAACUUAAAACAUAUAUGCACGAUAUUGAGUAAAUGACAUUUUUAAAACGAUUUUUUUUUUGACACAGGGAUUCUAUUUCUUCUAAUCUUUUACAUGAAAAAUUUGAUACGACUAAUGUCUGCACUGUAAAUAUGUAGGUAGAGCACAAAUAUGUAGCCAGCGGGUUAGCUUAGCUUAGCAUAAAGACUGGAAGCAGAGAAAAAGUAAGUCAGUGAGCCCAUCUUUGUCUUAAGGUAACAAAAUCUACCUCAUGGCACCUGUAACACUCAUUAAUUAGCAUCUUACUCUCAUCUUUUACAAUCUGUACAAAAACCGAAGUGUAAAAACAACAAUUCGAUGUUCUACAGGGGACAGUAUGCUGGUCUUGGAUGAGACUGGUUGCUAGGCAACCCGGGGGAAAACCAUCACCCUGUGUUGUGCCAUCAGGACAAGGAAGGCAAGCAGUGCUUGACCAGCUAAAAUAGACAUGAAUUAUCUCAAAGCAGCGUUCUGUCCCAUAGAGGAUGGGAGGGUUGAUCUGCAUAUUGAGGCAAGAAAAUACAGGAUUCUGUAUUGUCACAGGAGUGCGUCAUUGUCAGUGAAUGGAAAAUAUUUUGAGAACCACCACACCACAUUAGUGUUUUUUUUAGAUACUUUUCCUAUGCGCUGCAUAUUUGCUAUUUUUAGUGUCAGUUUAAAGGAAUAAUCCUAAUACUUGCUCAGCCAGGAAGGAGAGCAGAAAGGUGAAGAUGUCCAGGCAGAGUGCAGCAAAAUGCAGGAGAGACAUUCAGCACAAAAUCAUGAGACAGGACAGGCCCUGAAUUUAAGAGAGACUGGCUCCUACUGCUGUGCUGAAAAGGUCUGAUGUAGUCUGGUCCAUUUUUCUCACAUCUGUAAAAGUCACUGCACGCCACUGCCAUCAUCCAGUCUGCAUGCUAAGCUAAAACUGGCUGCAGGCUGCAGCUACAUAUUUACAGUGCAGACAUGAGGAUGCUGUUGAUCUUCUCAUCUCACUUGCAGCAAGAAAGCUUAAAGGACUUUUUCCCGGAAAUGUCCAACUAUUCCUUAAGAUUGUGUCAUAAGGAACGUCCUGCCUCGAGGCCCUUAUUUCGGUGUUGUGCUUCGGUUCUGCAUGUUUGUAAAAAAACGAAACAAAAAACGUUUCAAUUCAAUAAGCACAAACCAGUUCGGUUCACACAGUAAGUCUGGAGCCUGGAGCAGUUUAACCACAGUAAUUUUCACUUUUCAAAGUGUUUCAUUUAAAUAACUUGUAAAGGCCUGAAAGGCUCAAACUUUUUGAUUCUCUCUCACGACCCCCCUGGUUUAUCUUAGGAGCUCUUUGAGGAGCCAAACGACUUACUCUAAAUGCAACCUUUUUCUUUCUUUUUCUUCUUGUAUGCUUGCCAUGAUGUUGUUGGCCAUGUCAGCUUUUACAUUCUCUGCUGUAAACAGACUAACACGGUCCGAAUGACAGGAAUAACAAUAGCUGUGUUCUGCAUGUACCUGGAUUCUGAGUGUAUCCGUGCAUAACAUGGCUGACAAAUGGCAAAGCACAACAGCAGACUGACUCAUCAGAGUCCUGGUCUUACUGGACCUUAAAGCUUCGAGAAGGCACUGAGAAGGGCUGACGCUGCAGACUAAGCUACAUUUUCUUUAUGAUGUGCGAAACAGGUCAUUAUUUUAAACUACUGAGUAUUUAAGUUCAAAUCCAUUUAUUUUUCAAGAAACUACCUCUGUUUUUUGUUUGUUUAUUUUUUGCUGUUUUUGGAUUUAUAUUUUGCAAAGUGCAGUACACAUCUUUCCUCUGCUUAAGCUGUCUGCUGUCAUGCAAAAAUAAAAG